AGCAACUCUCUUCUGACGUCAUCAGUCCCGGUGCGACCCUGCUGCUCUGUCUUUGAUUGGAGGGAAACCCCGUGGAUGAGCGGGAGAGAUCAUCAGCUGUGCGGACGGGAAUCAGCAGCGACAUCGUUAAACUGCACUCGCAGAUCUCUGGCCCGUUCUUUCCUGACCCACACAGAAGUCAUGGCAGACAAGGAGGACCUGGUACAGAAAGCCAAGCUGGCCGAGCAGGCCGAACGUUACGAUGACAUGGCGGCAGCCAUGAAGGCCGUCACCGAGGAGGGCUCGGAGCUCAACAACGAGGAGCGCAACCUGCUCUCGGUCGCCUACAAGAAUGUGGUGGGGGCUCGAAGGUCCUCGUGGAGGGUCGUGUCCAGCAUGGAGCAGAAAUCUGAUGACGACGCCAAGAAAGCACUGGCCACGGAGUACAGAGGGAAAAUCGAGAAGGAGCUGAAUGACAUCUGCAAAGAAGUUCUGGAGCUGCUUGACAAAUUUCUGAUCCCCAAAGCAACGCCCGCUGACAGCAAAGUCUUCUACCUGAAGAUGAAGGGAGACUACUUCCGCUACCUGGCUGAGGUGGCAGCCGGAGAGGCCAAGGAUGAGAUCAUCAAAAACUCACAAGAUGCCUACCAGAAGGCGUUGGACAUCAGCACCGAAGAAAUGUCGCCCACACAUCCCAUCCGCCUCGGCCUCGCUCUCAACUUCUCCGUCUUUUACUACGAGAUCGUUAACUCACCUGAGAAGGCCUGCCAGCUGGCCAAAUCGGCCUUUGACGAAGCCAUCGCCAUGCUGGACUCCCUGAACAGCGACUCCUACAAAGACAGCACCCUGAUCAUGCAGCUGCUCCGCGACAAUCUGACGCUGUGGAUGUCGGACGCUCAGGGAGAGGGCGAAGGGGAGGGAGAGGAGACGGAGCCGGCCGCCGAGAAAAACUGAACUUCUGACAAAGGGGAAAAACAACACAUUUUUACCUCUCACCAGCCUAAGUUGUGUGCGUGGCUGUGUGUGCACAUACAUGCACAGAUAUGUAUGUUUACACUCCCCUCACAAGGUGUAAAGUACAGUAUGUGUGUGCAGAUACAUUGAAGCGUGUGUGUGCAUGUGGGUAUGUGGUUAAUUGUACGAGCACCUCCACAGAGAAAAGAAUGGAAUAGAUUUGUUUUUCCUCUGCCCAAUAACUCUUCGUGGAUGUUUUUUUUUUUGUCUGUUAUAGUCCAGAUGACAUUCCUCCCUCAGAUCCAAAUCCGCCCGCGUUCUUUAGCGUUAUUCACUGUAACAAACUGCUCCUGUUAGAGGACAAAAAAAACAACAAAAAAACCCCACCUCUGACUAACUUUGACAGUUUGUAUGUUUUUACUUGAACUGAAAGUUUUCAAACUUUGUGACGUAUUGCUUCUUAAAACUCUGUUGAAGCGAGCGCAGUCUACAAUUCCACAACUGACAAAGGCAGUGAUCAUUAACUGUUAGCAGGUAUUUAUUACUUUGGUGAAGAUCUUUAACGUAGAGCUUGUAUUCAUCCCGCCCUGUUCAUGUCCAGCGUAGCAGGUAGUGUUUUCAUGGAUGGUACAUGAUCAUGAUUCAAAGCAUUCUGGCUUUCGGAAAUGUUUUCUGUGUGAAUGGCUGCUUAAACUUUGAAUCUUUUUUUUUUUUCCUUUUUCUUGUUUUUUUUUUUUUUUUCUUCUUUGUUUUUGUUUGAGAGGGCUGUAAUCCACAGUGAAAUGUGUAGACUUAUUUCCUGCAGUUUUGCAUACCACCUGACAACGUUGAGAUGGUCAAAGAUAAACGUGAACAACUUGAUAAAAUGGCUUGAUACUGUAACUUUUUGAUAUUUUAUCUUUUCAGCAGUGAUGAGGAUACUUUUGCCAUGUGCUUUUAUGUGGCUUUCUACUCUUUUUCUAUUCAGGUGUUUUUGUAUUUUGUUUUUUGUGUAUUUUAUUCCCUCUGACUCUUGAUUUGACUCCUGGAAUGUAUGUGGUUCUCAGUAGUGUGGUGUGAGGGUUAGUCAUGCUUUGAAACUGGCAGUUUAUUGGUUAGAAAUCAACUUUAACCCGUGGUUUACAGUAUCUUUAAUCUUUUUUUUUUUAUUAAAUCAUGAAAAGAUUAACUAAUGCCAUGUUGAGUUUAAGGUUAUUUAUCAAAGUAUCUUGGUAGAAAGCUGCAUUAAAGCCAUUUAGUAUAAACAAACUAGAGCCAGUUUCCUCUAAUUACAGUAUCUUGGUUUUAAAAAAAAAAGAAGAAAAAAAAAAGGGAGGCAGGAUUCCGAAUUGGCAAGUAACACUUUGAGUACGUUAUUUGGUUUUGUGAUUUCAUGUAAGUGGAAUUAAAACAUUUAAAGUGGA